UUGUGCAUCAGAUUGUUUGUAAUACAAUUCGUUGGUGAAUUCAUAGAAUCUACACUGUCCUAAACUUUGCUUUUGCUUCCGCGUCUUCAGUACAGUUAAAACCGGCUUACAAUUGCUAGUAGAUUUAAAUAUAAGUGCCUUAAGUGUUUCCCAUGAAUUGGAUGCUAUGUGGUGGAUGAUGAGCAGAUGAAAGCAACAACGGUGAUGACAGCAAAAAAAAUGAACUGAAAAGGAACGACAGUUUGACAGAGAUACCAUCGACCUCUACAGCGCCACAUUCUGUAGAGUUGGAAAACUUUCUGGAUCUUACGACGGAAUCUAUUUCAGAUAUAUCAAUUAAUGUUAGCUCUUUGGACUCUACGCCAGUGAGUGAAUGCCGAAUUAUCCUGACCCCCCCAGCACCAUCCCCUCUUAUUCCUAUUCGAAAUACCCGGAAAUCGUUACGAGAGGCGGGGCAUAAAAGUGGUAAAUUGUGUUGUUUUGUGUUGAAUAACCGUGACUUGAGUUUGAUUGAAAAAGCUCAUAAGUGCCGUCUUAUAUCACAAGUUGAGUACGAAUACCUUAAAGUCAAAAGGGAGAUCUUGAUAGAAGCUCACAAGUUGUACGACAUCCGUGAAAUUUUAAUUCAAUUACUAAACGAACAAAAGGAUGGUGAGCGAUCCCCGUCUAGUAGUGAAUCAUAAAAUAAUUAAGACUUCCUCAAACAAUUAUAUUACGUCACUUUUCUCAUAGAUAUUGUAUUUAGAUGUUGUAUUAGGUAUAAUAUAUUAUAAAUAUGAAUCCCAUGGAUGGAGAGAGGAAAAUUAUAAUAGAAUUCUGUCACUUAUUGGAGAAAUCGAAAGUGCUUUUUAAUGGAUUAAGGGAACUACCACAAUAUGGCCACAAGCAAUGGCAGUCAUACUUCGGCCGGACUUUUGAUGUUUACACCAAAUUGUGGAAAUUUCAACAACAACACAGGGACGUACUGGAUAGCAAAUAUGGUUUGAAGAGAUGGCAAAUAGGAGAGAUCGCAUCGAAAAUUGGGCAGUUGUACUAUCACUUCUAUCUGAGGACUAGUGAAACUGCUUACCUUCGGGAAGCAUUCGCGUUUUACCAGGCCAUCAGAGCGAGGCGAUACUACACACAUGCCGUUAAAGAAGACAAAUGUGAACUUAUGGUGAAAAAGCUACGAUAUUAUGCAAGAUUUAUUGUUGUAUCAUUAUUACUUAAUAAAUUAAAACUUGUUGACGAUCUUAUAAGAGAACUGGACAAUCAAAUAAUUGAGUAUGGAACCACGUAUAACGCUGAAGACCAAAUGGAAUGGACUGUAGUUGUUGAUGAAGUUAAAGCUUUCCUUGAUGCCGAGCCAGCCGUUGAGGUUAUGUACAAUGAUAUGCCGGCACCCGACAUGUCUAAUAGAAUCCAUCCCGACCACACGCCAUACGUAGACAGAGGACCCCACAUGCAUCUAACUUUACAAGACGUAAUUAUAAUUGGUAGUAGUACACAACAGGCAAAAUUUUCUGAACUCACAAUCGAUAUGUAUAGAAUUCUACAGAUAUUGGAAAAAGAACCAAUUGGCCCAGCACCUCAGGCCCUGAGUGAGGAUGUUCCUCCUCAUGGACCACCACCGGCUCCACAUUCUACGCAAAGAGGUUACGUGGUCGGGGACAGCUUUCGUCGAGACAAUCCACACAAGUACUUGUUGUUUAAGCCAACCGCACUGCAAUGUCUGGUCUACCUAGCGAGCAGUUGCAAUGAUUUACCAUCAAACGGAGCGAUUUUAUUAUACAUUUCGGCAGAUGGCUAUAUCCCUUCUCACAGUCGUAACGCUGACAACAUCACUGGGUAUGAAGCCGGUGGGUAUAUAACAUCUGGCAAAUUAGAUCCAAAUCGGGAUUCAACAAGAGAAUCCAGGGGACAAUCACAAGAAAGAGGGAGCAGGGGAAAGGAUCAUUAUCUGUUGUAUCCUGGCGACAUUUACCCUUUUACAAGAAGACCUUUGUUUAUCAUAGUUGAGUCGAAUUGUUCUGGACUCAUGCAGAAUAUGCCACGCCAUUUCAAUCAGCCACUUGUGAUGUUAUUGUCAGCUCAAGAACUUCCAGCAAAUCUAGCAGAACGAUGUCAUCAAGGUAAUCUCCUAACGUUGUUCCUCAACAAUCCCUUGAUGGGAUUCUGUGCAUCGUGCGAGCUUUACACAAUAGAACAAGAUGUACUGGACGUUUGCGAGACUUUAGUCCUCGAUUUUAUGUUCCAGUGUACACAGUUAAUACUCCGAAUUCGUAUCGAUAUGAACUUCUUCGCUUUCAUGGGUGAUGAGUUCCUUCGAACGAUAAUACUACGGUACCUCUUCUGUGAAUGCUCUCUGCGAAUGAAUAGAAACUUCCGUUCCCGGUCUCAGAUCGUCCAUUCAACGCCUCCAAUGCCCGAAGAGCUGCUGGCAAAUUCCUCCCUCGUUUCAAUAAUUUUGAAAAUUUCAGACCAACUCGGAGUGAGGAAUCACUUUUCCGAUGUUUCCGGACCGGGAUCGGGGUCAAGGGAACCUAGGGAUCAGAAUUAGGAACCAAUUUGUGCUCAAUUAUAAUUAACCUCUUUUAUGCAUGAGAUCUCCGUUAAAAAUAUUGCUAUUUAAACAAAUAUUCAAGUUUAAAUAAUAAUUUUCGUUAAUAUUGGGAAAUUUUCCCUAUAUACUUAUAUUGAUUAAUUGAAAACCAAUUGAUUUACGCGACAUAAAGGAACAUUACAUCCUUAAAUUAAAGUUUAAAGACGGUUGAAGGUUAUACAAAGCAAGAAUAAAGAUUUUUAUAAUAUAUUAUACCGAUUAGUAAUGUUAGAAUUUUAAAUCUUUUUCGGAUUUAGGCAUUUAAGAUCUUCAUGUCAAUAUAUGUCUUUAUGUCCAACAGUAUCGGGCUUUAACAAUCAUUUUAGCGUUUUUAAGUACAUUCAUUGUAAAAAUGGUACAAUUACCAAAAAAACGCAAAAAAAGUCACUUUCAUCCACUAGACAAUAAAAACUAAGUGUUAUAAAAAAACAUGAUGCAGCAAUGCUGUUUCAUGUAUAAGUACUAAGUGCUUAAAAGAUACAUUUUAAUAUAUUAAAUGCUUUGCUACGUACGAUUACCAAAUUCCUAUUGUCACUGAACUUUGUAGACAGAGCGCGGCCACACGAUGUGGUAACGGUGCGCAAUUAUUUCGAGGGUGCCACAUGGGCGUUGUGUUGUGGCCAUUUUACACAUCUCUGCCUCGUCUCGCAGGUCACAAGUCCGGCGCUCAUGCGGUACAACGCCGCGCGGCGGCGGAACGCGUCGUGGAACGGUAUAGUAAUUUGUAUGUAGAAUGACGUUGCGGCACCGCACCGUAACCGCAUCGUGUGGCCGCGCUCUUAAGGCAUCAAACGACAUAAUAGCUUGCAUUGAAAUAUGUAUUAGUAAUUACCAUAUCUUAUCACGUAGAGAGUGUCUUAUCGAGUGGUUCUGGGUAAUGAUUGCUUUAGAUUAAAAAAUACCAGGCUUUCCAGGCCUACGUAAAUGAUUUGAAGGCGAAACAAUGUGUAUAGUACUUGUAAACUACAUAACAAAACAAUACACAAAAAGAGUUGCGGUUUCACCUAACAAGAUCCGUUUACAUAUAGCCAAAGGCCUAUUUCGCGACUGUAAAUCAUAGAAUCAUAUUAAAAUAUAAUUACAUAAAAAUUUACAAAUUAAUAAUAUUCAUAUUGGGCUCGUUUCUACUGACCAGUAAUUUGUUACAGAGUAAUAGAACAAAAGCAUUAAGAACACAGCGUACAACACUUUUUUAGCUGAUAAACAUUAAUACAAAACAAAAUACUGGACGUUAGAAUCAACCCUUGGUGUUAUGCAAUUAAAAGAGUAUAUUUUUCUCUAUAGUUUAGUAAAUUAUAUUUAUGAUAAAUUCUAUAUCAGAGCAUCAUAAAUUCCUAACAGAUAUUAUAUUUAUAUAUUGGAUACUUAGCAAAAUCAUGCUUUGCUUAUUACAAAUCGAAAUUUGUACAGGGUAUACCAACAAGAUGGCAGAUGAAUUAAGUGCGGCUUUAGUGAUAGAAUAACUUUUUUAUUUUUUCAAAAAAAAACUAUUAUUACUAUUAAUUGGUAAAUAGGCGAUCCCUUUGCGUUACUCUUGCGUUAAAUAUUUGAUUUUAAACGAUUUAACGAACUUUAAUCAUCGAAAUCGAAGUUAUUUAAUUUAUGAUACCUAUGCAUUAUUCUAAGGAAUCUUCAUUUUUAUUUUUAUUAAUUACAAUCACAAAGUUAUUCUAUUGCUAACGCUUGCAUUGUUUGAUCACUACUGCAAUGUAUAAAGGCAAAUUAUUACUCAUUAAAAUAUUGAUAUAAAUAUAUUUUUUUAAUAUCGAUCUCAUUAUUGGGACCCUACCAAAAUUUAUGGUCCGACGUUGGUAUUAGAAAGAAACAUUCAUACUAUGAAAGAAUGUGGCAUGUGGAAAGGGUACGAUUUAUAGUCGAUGCAUAAUAUCCCGUUAGUAAAAACGUUUUGACAUAUAGAAGUAACAAGAAAAGAUAUGCCUGGACUCUUUAUCUUACCCUUCGUGUGCAAGCCGGUAGGUUAAUAAGAAUAUAAUACAGUUUCAUCCCUAUGUAGGUUUGUGUGUUUGUGUGAGCCAUCAUUCAUGCUUGCGAACGAUUGAAUUGCAACCUUGCUGCUAAAUUGCUUCAUUACUAUCUAACAUUUCACAUCUCUAUUGUAUUAUCUCUUUAUACUAUUAACGUGUUAAAUUUCUAAGUAAAGAUGUUAAACUUGCUUAAACUUGCUAUUUAUAAUUACUAUUUUAAGUAG